AUGGGGAAGAGUCUGUUACCCCAAGACCUGACUCUGAAAGACCCCAACUUUAACAGGUCUACUGGGCAACCUUUGAGACCCGAUCUCGGACGAAACCGCACCAAAUCUGUUUGUUAUAAACUUUGGUAUGGCCAUUCACGUCCAAAAAACUGGAACCAGGAUAACUGGACAACAGGGAACAAUCGGAUACGAGGUCCCAGAUGGUCAACACUUGAGAUCCAAGAUCAAGAGAAUUUUGCUGAGUUUUCCCAAAUUUUUCACCACUGGGCUCAAACUGAUGAAGAUCUCACAAGCCUCCAUCAAACUUCUUACAAGAGAAGGUCACAAAUUUCGCAGCAUUUUCUGUCAAGCACAACGCCUCGCAUGCAUCUGAAACAAAUUACCCACUUUCGAAAGGCAGUUUCGGGUUCUAGAGACGAAGACACACCAAAGGACACAUUUUUUCACACCUCGCUACCGGCGCUGAUAUAUCGAACAUGGCCUGGAUCUAUGCCCAUGUGCAAUGUGCAUGAAACCUUUCCAUUCCGAGAAGGUGCUCUUCAAGCCCUUGCACAAUGGAAGUCAUUUAGGAAUGCAGCAUAUGUCUUGAAACAACUACCUCCAAACGACUUGAAUAUUGGUAGUUCGAAACCCCAGCGAUACGAGCCUCAAUGCCAUCACCGAUGUAUUGCGGCCGCAACGAGCACCUCAAUGAUCACUCUAAGAGCGAGAGCAUUGUUCAUUACUCUUCCACCGGAACCUGUAGAUAUAGGGAACGUCACAGAACCUGUCGCAGGUUGCGGUAGCCGUCAAGACGAUUAUCUGGACGAGCGAAUACCGAUGGUUUCUGAGGAUCGAAAGAUGAUUCCUCACCUGUCACCGCUGCCCUCGAAGGAGCAAAAGACAUUCCACGCUGAGGAAAUAUACGCCAUAUCUACAGAAUUGGCCUUGAAGUCUGUCUUGACGCAUGAUGACAAGAAGGAUGUUCUAUUCGGGUUGAGCAUGUACCACCACAUACAGUCUCCAGCGCAUGGCCGAGCACUCAGGAACUCAGGAACUUCUGUCACACCGUUCGGUACCUUACUCUCAGCGCUAAAGGCAAGAAGAAAUAUUUUCAUCUUUACCCUCAGAGGAAUCAAUCUGCGCUACCAAGGAUUUCGAGAGAGGCUCUCGUUUGCCCAUAAGAGUAUCGAGCUCGCGAAUGCAAGGCCAGAUGCGUCGGUUUUAGACGAAGACUGGAGUCUGAAGCAUGGAGAGCGACUUUUGGUCACUGCCUCUCGAAUUACCGACUUCUAUUCACCCCACGGCCUGCUAGGAUUUGUUUUGUUUUCUUCACCACCACUUGACUCUGAUAUCGGUAAAGACCAGCGUUUCCAUCAGGAAGUAGUACGAUUCGACUCAGGCUUUCUAGACAAGUUACGUGGAGCAAAAGUAUCAAUCGUACUACUUCCUGUUGGAAACGCUGGUAAAGACAAUGUGCUGAAAGUCGCUCAACAUCUAACGAUACUCAAACACAGGCAGUGGAAUAGCCCAGCCUCUGUAGCCUACCCGACAUGUGCGGCAACCUGCUCCGAAAUUCUCACUGCCAAUGUCGCAUGUGCGACGGCAAGUGCAGUGAACGACUGUUUCUGCUCUCAUCUAUCUUGGCCAGCAGCCUGUAAGUUUGUCUGCACAGGGCAGCCUGAAAGGACUUCAGUUGCGCAAUGGUAUUGGGCUGUCUGCCUAUCUCAAAUGGAUUACUCCCUUGACUGCCGCCGAUUCCAAAUGGAUGACGGGAUAAAAUUGCUACUAUUCGGGACAAUGCUCAUUGUCUUCAAUACCCACGGUCAUGCCCUCAGCCUCAUCCGGACCUUUUCCUUCAACUAUCACCAUCGCCGUACCUAUCAUUCUCAUAAUCAUGCUUGGGCUUGCUAUAUGAUCAAAGAGACCAACGGCACCGAGAAGAAGGAAAAAGAAGGUUUAAUUCUCGUACUGAAGCAUUUUUUUCAGCUGCUUCUAGACAUCCUAGAAAAUAAUCGUACACCGGGAGCUCUUGGUGGAGGUUUCGGGGGCUCUAGAGCGCUCGAUGAGCGACUCGGAGGUAUCGAAACCAACCUUCAUGCUCUACGGAAUCUUGUUCAGCGUCUAAUAGACGCGCGAGUCCCCGGAAAUGUCGAUAUUGAUUCAUUCGAGGAUAAUCUCCCGAUGGCGUUCACCUACCCCAUUUAUAUGGACAUUUUCAGCAACCCAGUCUCCGUUAUCACAUCCCAAACACAUCGAAACCAGGGAUGCCUUCACACUUUCUGCGGUAAUACACAAUGCUACUCUAUCAACAUCAAGCUCUUACACAACGUAGCCGAAUGCGCACGAGAAUUCAUGGCUCGGGAUAGCCGCUGUCCGAUCGACAGGAAUAGGGUCACAGGAGUCAACGACCAUCGUCUCCUGGCUGGAAUCGUUACCAUGUUUAUCCGAAGAUACCCAAAUCGGAGUCGAGUGAAUGGUGCGGUCCCUUCCACGAGGAGGAUGACUGAAAAAGGUGAAGUUCUCUGGCUCAUGGUAUCGCUUGCAAAAUACGUAAUUGAUUGGCUUUCCACUCUUUGCUCCAUUGCUCCUUACUAUCAGCAUUGUCUACGUUUCCUAAUUUUACCAAAUGUCCUUGCAUAUGAACUUUAG